AUGUCGUUUAUAGCGUUAGAUCAUAGAUCUGUUGAUAAUGUAUUUUAAGAAUGUUAUGGGACAAUCCAAGUACCACAUCGGUUAUACAAGGGAAGGAACCCUUGUAUAUUAGUGUCCACCAAUUUCAUUAGUACGAGGCCUUUUGGGGAGGACACCCAAGAGUAAAAACCGUGCGGGCUUGGCCCAAAGCGGACAAUAUCGUACUAAUUGAGCGGCCCGGUUUGACAAGUGGUAUCAGAGGCUGGUUCGGUGCGGGGCGGUGGACGUCAGUUCGGUGGACCCUCAUUCGGUGACCUCGGGGUUUGAGAUCUGCGUUUGGUUUGGUGGAUCCAGGAGAGAUCCACGUUUGGGCUUGGCGGAUCAAAGAGAGUUCCGCAUUUGGGAAGCAGAUCAAAGAGAGUUCUGCGUCUGGUAAAGUCCUUGUAUCGAGAAGCCCAUCGAUACAAGGCAUCUGGCGGAUCAAGAUAAUCUCUGAGGUGAGGACACGAUGUUCGUGGUCCUUGGCUUGAGGGGAGGAUUGUUAUGGGACAAUCCAAGUACCACAUCGGUUAUACAAGGGAAGGAACCCUUGUAUAUUAGUGUCCACCAAUCUCAUUAGUACGAGGCCUUUUGGGGAGGACACCCAAGAGUAAAAACCGUGCGGGCUUGGCCCAAAGCGGACAAUAUCGUACUAAUUGAGCGGCCCGGUUUGACAAAGAAUGUCUCUUUUUUUUUCUUUUUUGUAGUCGUAUCGUUUUCUUUUGCAACUCUAUGUGUUGGAUAGUGAGUGAUGGGAAAUAAUAUAAAUAUUGAUAAGACCAAAUGACCACAAAAUCUGUUGGGUUUUCUUUUCUUUCAUAUUUCAUGUUUCCUAUAUUAACAACAAAAUGAUCAUGUAGAUCAUACCAUCCAUAUAAACUCAAUCAAAUACCGUCAAUCCAUAUAUCGGUUUGUAACAACUUAUUAUGUUCACCAAACUCGUGUAAUUGAAACAAAAAUUAUGAGCACUAAUACAGUGCAUAUAUGCACAAAAAUCUUCCAAAUUCAAUCAUCAAGAGUACAAAUGAAAAACAUUUAAAAGAGUCAUACAGCUUCUAAAUUAAACUAUUUCAGUUUUUUAAACACAAGUUGAUUAUUUGAAUAUCUCUUGACUUGUAAAUUGUCCCAAGAUACCCAUUAUGUCAAGAAUCAUCAAAACAUUGAUAGCAAUAUACAACUAGGCAUAUUAUCAUGGAGACACAUCAAUAUAAAAAUCUUGACAACUAUCCAUUUCCAUAAUAGUAGGAAUCCCCACAUUACAUUUCCGGCCAUGGUACCUUUGGCUUAACCUACCCUUCCAAACACAGAAAAUAAAGAAUCAAACAACCCUUGAGAGAGAGACUCACCUUUCUAAGUUUGUACUUGCAUUCCUCAUUAUUCUAAUGUGUGCCUUUGUAUGAACUAGGAGUAACUCCGGCUGCUAUAAUGAGACGGCGGAAUGAACCUAAAUUACUUGUAUAAUAAUGAUUAACAAACAAUUCUAUAAACUCAAGGCCACAAAGCAAAGCCAAAGAAUAAACUAAAGGCAGGAGUUUGUUUGUCUCCCACCUUCCCAUCUAACCAACCAGUUUUCCCAGAACAAGAAAUCAAGUUUAACAUUUGUUUGAGAAACUGGGUCAUAAAGAAGUCAUAAACCCAGUUGUUGUUUAGGCUUAAAGGUCCCUUCUUUUCCAAGUUUUCUACAGUGGGGAAAUUUGCAAUUUCCUUUCUGGUCUAACAGCCCUUGUAGUCUUGUGGGUUAGUGCAAAGUUGUCCUGACUUGCUUAUUUCUCUUUCUUUCCUCUUUUCGGGUACUGAUAAGUGUACUGCCAGGUAGUAAUUUGAUGAUUAGAGAUUAUCAAUUCUUCUGGAGAUUCAUUUCCCCUGCAGAAAAUUGUCUCGGGACCUGGCGAAAAACGAAGUAUGCAAGCUCAGUCUCAGGAUGUAGGCGGUAAUGGAGUUGGAGAUCCUCAGGCUUCAUCAUCGUCGUCAUCAUCUUCUUAUUCACAGGGUGAUAUGGGCAAUGGCAGACCAUCGAGUGAUGAAGUUAAUAGGGCAGGACCAACCAUUCGGAAAGCUGAUCUUUCUCUUAAUAUACCACCUAGACCAGUAGGUUUUGGAGCUAAUCGAUUUGGGAAAGGAUUGAUGAACUCUCAAACUGCUGGCUCGUCGUCAUCAUCAUCGAGACGAGGCUUGCUGAGGGCAUUAAGCUUCAAGAAGAGAAAUGGCGGUGGGCCUGAGGGUGAGAGGAGCUCUCUGCUCAACUCAGAAACCAAUUCACAACAACCUCCAGUUAGUCCUAUCAUUGCCAAUAUCAAGUCUGCAUUUUCCAGAUGCAUAUCACUUCCACCUGCUUCAGCUUUGUCUCCCACGGUCGCAGUUCAAACGCCUACUUCAGCUCGAUUUCCCUGGGAAGUUCGUGACUCAGAGAAUGUUGUAGUUUCAAGGUCUCUUUCUGUUCCUGGGCGAAACUUUGUCAUUGUACGGUCUACAUCCUUUGCUGCUCCGAGGCAGCAAACCCCUAGAGACUCAUCUAAUGCACAAAAAACUUCGGAGUCCAAUGAGGGAGAUGAUGAUGAACACAUACCAGAAGAGGAAGCGGUGUGCAGGAUCUGCCUUGAUGCGUGUGAAGAAGGAAACACUCUCAAAAUGGAAUGUGGAUGCAAGGGUGAUCUCCGACUCGUACACGAAGCAUGUGCUGUCAAGUGGUUCAGCACCAAAGGUAACAAGAACUGUGAAGUCUGUCGUCAGGAAGUCAAGAACUUACCUGUGAUCUUGUUCCGAGUAACGAGCUGUGCCCAGUUCAAUGGCAGGGAGUCACCUGGUGGUGGCCAGAGCUUGAGGGCUCAACAAAUAAGUGCCUGGCAGGACUUUGUUGUGCUCGUCCUGAUUAGCACGAUAUGCUACUUCUUCUUCCUGGAACAGUUACUAAUCCAGGACAUGAAGACACAGGCAAUCGUGAUUGCAGCACCAUUUGCAUUUGCUUUAGGCGUCAUGGCAUCGAUAUUUGCAGUUAUCCUAGCGAUCAGGGAAUUCAUAUGGACGUACGCUGCACUCGAGUUUGCACUGGUAGCUGUGACCCUUCACCUUUUCUACUCCGCUCUCGAUCUGGAUGCUAUCUAUGCCAUACUUCUAGCAGCAGUUUUCGGGUUUGCAGCGGCUAUGAGCCUCAACUCGUUGUACGUUCAGUACUUCGUCUGGCGAGCUGAAGCUGCUCGUAACGCUGUCUUCAAUGCUUCCGCGGUGUGACUUGGACUUGUUGAGUUCCCUGGCAUUUGCGGUUUUGAAAUCUGAUGGGAAGUGGUGGAUGGUAGCAAAGGGAAAUGGCUGGUGCUAACUGGGAAGUGGCGUUGUGUAUAGCCUUACAGACUGGUAAGGGGUUUCCAGUUUCUGGGCUUGGAGAUAUAGUGUGGUAAAAUGCGACCACAACUGUAAUUGUUUUAUCGGAUGUAAUUACUAAUUAGUGACGGAAUAUUCAACCUAUUCUUUCUUUAUGAAUUCCAUAUAUAUUUUUUCGGCCGAGAAAUAUAUGCUUGUUGCCUGAAUUGGGACCUGAUUUGAUCGAUACCAAAAUUUUCAAACACAUGUAUCAAACAAAGACCAAUGACUCUU